ACCUAUGCCAACAGCCGUUUUUCCUCUAAGCUUAUUUUCCAUAUUGGAUUCUCAAGGACAGCGCAAUUCUUGGUUCAUCAUGAAUGCCAGCAAUGUUACUUUCGACCCGUCGAAUAUGUAUUCGAACAAUCCCAGUGAGAAAACGAGUGUCAUCAACUUGGUCAUUAGCCAAGCACCUGCCGGGGCUACGAGUGCCACUGUCGUGAACGGCUGGCACACCAGUAGAAGCGAUAGACGCCGGCACUGUACCGUCGAUUACUAUGACGCCGCUGGCGACCGGCUCAGCAGAGAGCACAUUGUCUGAUUUUGCUGGGACAGGAGAGAGUCCAUGGUGCCCGCAGUUUUAAAUAUUUUGGGGAUGUGGUCUUGGUGAAUAAUCGAUGUCUAGACUGGCCCAGCAGGACCAGGAUUCAGAUACGUACGUACACACAGAGAGCUGUAAUCCCCC